GUCUGAUGCUGGCUAGUACUUGUUCCACGCCACUCGGCUACUGUUCGCUAUACAGCCAGUAGAUUUUAGUUGAUUAUUUUAGAAACAAAUUCCGUUCUUUCUAGAUAUAUUUAAUACAGAAACGUACUAAUUUUUUUUUCUAAGUUAAAAAAAAAAAAGAAAUUAAAAAGAACAAAUAGAAAAAGAUAACGAAAUUAAUUUACGGAUAUUUGAAACAUACAUUCAGUUAAUUUAUUUUUUUGGACGACUAUAAGCGGUGGAGAAAUGGAGAGUUUAGAAGACUACGGUAACGACAUGUGUUCUAAUUUAGAUGGACUAAUUAACACCUCGGACUGUCCAGAAGUUAAAGACAAUCAGACCCGCUCUCAUAGACGGGGUGUCUGCCCGAAAUGGACAGAAACACGCGGAAGCUCUUCAGAUCUGGGGAACACCUCGUCGCGUACCUCCGAGAACACACCCAGUCUACAAAACUCAGAUUGUAACUCAUCAAUUUCCAUAGCCCACCUGCUCAAAAAUUGGCAUUUAACCUCGGUCUUCUUCCUUCUCGUCGUCGCAGUCAUGUCCUGUCACUUACCGCAUACGGAGGCUAAAAGUGUCGGAGUAUGCAACGGGAUCCCCUGCGCCAAUGGCGGACGUCUACUCGUCUCCAACAGUGUCUGGGGCAACUGCAGAUGCCGGUGUCCAAGCGGGUUUGUCGGUCCUUACUGUCAGUACGAAGCUGCGAGAAAACGAAGCGCGCCGAGGCUAGUGAGUUCGAAACCUUUCCGCUCCGAGACGCUGGAGAGGAUCAAGAGACGGCUGGAGCUGCUGAGACAACUGUACGAGGCUAGACAGGAUGUGGAGACCAACGAGGUGAUCAACGACCCUCUCAAUGUUGACGUCCCGGCACUCUAUGACUCACCUGAUACCUACAACCUGAGGCCCCGACGGUCAUUUCUCACUGACGAUACAGAUUAUAAAAAAUAAAAACCGAUUUUGGCACGGCGUUGACACCUUCCUUCUCCACAUUCCCGGAAACUGACCUAACCACAUGAUGGCCGACCUGCGCGGCGGAUGUGCGCAAACAGCCCAAAAAAAUUUCAGACAAGAACUCCAGCAAAAAGAGUGAAAAGACUUCUCGUCUGAAUAAAAAAAAACAAUCAAUUUUGGCAUUGAAGCCUCAAUAAUUAUUUAUUAAUUAUCUGUUUGUCUGUAUUAGACGCCAUCUUUUAUUUGUGUUUAACGACCAUGUGUUUAUGGACACAUGUAGACAAAAUGUUGACUAGACAGUCAUAAGACCGGGUUUUUUUUUUUUUUUUUUUUU